CUUCUUCUUUUAUACAGCGGCAUGGCAUUAAAGCGAAUUCAACGGGAAUUAAAUGACUUGGCAAAGAACCCACCACCUGGUAUAACUGCUGGACCUGUUGACGAAGAUAUGUUCCAUUGGAAAGGUAGUGUUGCUGGUCCUGAAAACACUCCAUAUAAAGGAGGAACUUUUUACUUGGAUAUUGUAUUUUCAGCUGACUAUCCAUUUAAACCUCCAAAGGUCAAGUUUAUUACCAAGAUUUAUCAUCCUAAUAUCGACGAUGAUGGUUCUAUUUGUGUAGAUUUGUUAAAAUCAGACGUAUGGAAACCUGCAACUAAAAUACAUCAAGUAUUGGACGCACUUGCCAUGCUAUUGGAACAUCCCAAUCCUGAUGAUGCCCUCGUAUCCUCUAUUGCUGAAGCUUACAAUACCAACCGUGCAAAAUAUAACAAGACAGCGAAGGAUUACGUAGAAAAGUACGCAAAGUGAAACCCGAUCUUUUAUCUUUUUUAGUAUAUUCCCUUGUCAAACACACACACACCUUUUUUCUUAGCAAAUUGAAUAUGAUGACUACACUUUUUUUUUUUUUAUCUGAAACACUUGUAAAUAAAAUAAUAUAUUGAUGUCUCUU